AUUUGAAUCAAUUAUUUUUGUAUUUUUUUUUUUCCUUUUCCCGUAUACAGCAUCUGUUAAUUAAAGGGAAUAACACAAUGGAUAUACGUUCUUGGGUGUCUGACAAUGCCAUGAAGCUUUUGGGCAUGUCUGAAAGCACAAUAGUCGAUUUCUUGAUCGCUACCGCUCAAAAGGCGUCGUCACCUGAAGAUCUGUACAACAAACUAAUUGGUGCAGCUGCAAAAGCAGAUGAUGAUACCCGCCAGUUUGCUUUGGAACUCUUUGGUCGUGUACCUCGUAAACAAAAAGCGGGAGCAGCAGCAGCAGCAGCAGCAGCACAAAAGGCACAACGUAAAGAAAGACAAAAGGAAGAAGCCGAAUUACGGAAAGCCAACAAAGCAUUCAAAUUGGUAUUGGAUGAGCCUGACGAUGCUAUUCACGCUGCGAGAGAUGAAGAAGCUAUCAACUUGCGUAAACAAGAAAAGAAGUUACGCUCAAAGAAAAAGAGAAAACUUGAAGAAUUAAGUGACGAUGAAGAUGACACAGAAAAAAUGAGGAGGCUACAGAGGAAGAAAAAGAAGCACAAGCUGAACUUGAACGAUUAAGAGAUAUUCAAGAACGUGAUGAGCUUGCUGAACGUUUAAAAGAAAAAGAUAAGAAUCGUACAAAACGAAUUGUCGAAGAUCGAUCUGGCAAAGAAGGCA